GUUUUCUCAUUCUGGAGGGGAAGUACGGCUAGAAAGUUGCUCUGCUAAAAGACUUACAGAUAUAGGAAUUAGAAGAAUCUUUUCUUCAGAGCAUGACAUUUUCCGGGAAAGUGUAAGGAAGUUUUUUCAAGAAGAAGUGGUUCCUUAUCAUGCAGAAUGGGAGAAAGCUGGAGAAGUGAGCAGGGAGCUUUGGGAAAAAGCUGGAAAACAAGGAUUGCUCGGUAUCAACAUUGCCGAACGUCAUGGUGGUAUCGGUGGUGACUUGUUCUCAGCAGCUAUUGUCUGGGAGGAGCAGUCCUACACAAAUUGUACAGGCCCAGGUUUUAGUCUUCAUUCAGAAAUUGUCAUGCCCUACAUUGCAAAUUAUGGCUCAGAAGAACAGAUUAAGCACUUCAUACCCCAGAUGACUGCAGGCAAAUGUAUUGGUGCCAUAGCCAUGACAGAGCCUGGUGCUGGGAGUGACUUACAAGGAGUAAGAACACAUGCCAAAAAAGAUGGAAGUGAUUGGAUUCUCAAUGGAAGCAAGACAUUCAUCACUAACGGAUGGUUGAGUGACGUUGUGAUUGUAGUCGCAGUCACCAAUCGUGAAGCUCGAUCACCUGCCCACGGCAUUAGUCUCUUUCUGGUGGAAAAUGGGAUGAAAGGAUUUAUCAAGGGACAGAAGCUACAUAAGAUGGGAUUAAAGGCCCAGGAUACUGCAGAACUAUUCUUUGAAGAUGUCCGAUUGCCAGCUAGUGCCUUACUUGGAGAAGAGAAUAAAGGCUUCUAUUACCUUAUGCAAGAGCUCCCACAGGAAAGAUUGUUAAUUGCUGAUUUGGCAAUUUCUGCCUGUGAAUUCAUGUUUGAGGAAACAAGGAACUAUGUUAAGCAAAGAAAAGCUUUUGGGAAAACAGUUGCACACAUACAGACUGUGCAGCAUAAAUUAGCAGAAUUAAAAACACACAUAUGUGUAACCAGAGCUUUUGUGGACAGCUGUCUGCAGCUGCAUGAAGCAAAACGUCUGGACUCUGCCUCUGCUUCCAUGGCAAAGUACUGGGCAUCUGAAUUACAAAACCGAGUGGCCUAUGAUUGUGUACAGCUCCAUGGAGGGUGGGGAUACAUGUGGGAGUACCCAAUUGCAAAAGCUUAUGUGGAUGCCCGAGUUCAGCCGAUCUAUGGUGGUACCAAUGAAAUAAUGAGGGAGCUGAUUGCAAGAGAUAUCGUCCGUGACUAGCAGACAUCUGCCCCCAUCCUGGAAUCCUAUUACAGUUAAUCAGGUUUUAAAUCUACUCAAGACAAAAUGUAACCUGGAAAAGGAGGAAACAAGGUACAUGUUGUUAUGUGUUCUCUGUACAGAGAAAGAAAUGAGUGAGAAGGUUAACGCAGUGGAAGGAGAAAUGUGUGAGUCCAAAAAAUCAAAUUCUCUCAUAAAAGGUUUACUUUUUUUAUAUAAAAGUCAAAGAUUUUCUAACUCUAGAAGCCUUAACAUUUUAUUGACCUCUAAAAUUCUAAAAAUUAUUAAUUGUGCAAAUCCUUAGAAUUGAGGCAGAACUAAUUUUAUAUUGUCAGGCUAUAAAAACAAUAAUAAUAUAGACCAUGGACUUGUAAAGAGGAUAAUAAGUAUACAUUAGAAUGUAAAGUCACUCAGCUAUAUAUGUUUCGCUCCAAAUUCCCUAGAAUACCUUGCUACUCCAGCCCCCUAUUUUUAAGCCAUGAAUGGAACCUAGUCGUAAAACCAAGUAUCACAUUGUAUGCUAUCAACAUAUGUAGUUAUUAAGUAUUAAUUUAAAAUAAAACUUCUGUUUAAACAAAA